AAUGUGUUGUCUGUAUGGAAAGUUGGAGGCUGAUUUUGAAAUAAAAGCUCCUGCUUCUAAAUUUCAUGAAAUGUUUCAUAAGAAACCACACCAUCUAAACAAUGCUUCUGGGGACAAAGUACAAGGCUGUGAGCUACAUAAGGGUGAAUGGGGCAAAGUUGGUUCUAUCAUCUAUUGGAACUAUUUUCAUGAAGGAAAAGCUAUAGUAGCAAAGACAGUAAUUGAAGCUGUGGAUGAGGAGAAGAAUUUAAUAGCUUUCAAGACAAUUGAAGGAGACGUUUUGGAGCAGUAUAAAACAUUCAAGUUUAUAAUGCAAGCUACUCCAAAGGACGAGGGAAAGGGAAGUGUGGUUCAUUGGACUUUGAUUUAUGAGAAACUUCAUGAAAACAUUCCACAUUCAUAUUCUAUCUUAGAGUUUGCUGCUGAAUUGUCCAGAGACAUUGAUGCACACCUCAUGGAAGACAAUUAAGAUCCUUGAAAUCAAGAUUUCUCCAAUUCUCUUGGAGGAUUUUCCUCAUUAUGAAAGUAUAAUAUUGAAGCUUAUUAUAUAUAUACUUUGUAACAACUUUAUAUGUUUAAAUAAAUGCAUGUAUGGCAUCCGUUCUCUUUGUUUUUAUGCUAUGUAAUCAAUUAAUAGUCUAAAAGGUAUAUAGUAGAUGAGUAAGGUUGGAUGCUUUAUCUUGGUAACAUUAUGGAUAUGACCCACUUUAUAAAUGUUACAAACGAUGUAAUCCAAAUCGUUCAUGUAGAGACAUGUGAGUUGGGAUAUCCUAUACAAUAAGUUUGUA